AUGUUGUCACAGAGUGUUUUUUUUUUUUUUUUUUUUUUUUGCUUUAAUUGCAGAGAUCUGAGUAUUGCCAGUCUCAGCUACCUCAGCAGCAGGCAAGCCAUGGCUGAUAUUGUCAACUUCCGAACUAAAGUAGCAAAGAAAAUGGGGCUCACCAAAAAUAAAUGGGUUGUAUUUGGUGGCUCUUAUGGCGGCUCCCUUGCAGUAUGGUCGAGAAUAAAACACCCUGACCUGUUUGCUGCAGCAGCAGGCAGCAGUGCACCGAUACUAGCAAAAGCUAAUUUUUAUGAGUACUUUGAAGGAGUUCAAAGGUCUCUGGGCACUCAUAACAGUGAAUGUUUAAAAGCAGUGAAAGAGGCUUUUGAUCAAGUUGUGGAGAUGCUGAAACUUCCAAAAUACUACAGUAAGCUUGAAAGUGAUUUCAUGUUAUGUAAAAAACUUAAGUUGAACUCGGUAAUGGACACAUCCCUUCUUCUGAAUCGUUUGAUUAUGUUUGUUACGGUCACUGUUCAAUACAAUAUAAAUGCAAAGAACAAUAAGGGAAACCAGGUCUUAAUCAGGAUUAAAGAAUUUUGUGACAUCAUGACUAACUCCUCACUGGGUUCACCGUACUACAGAUUUGUAAGAAUUAUACAUUCAGUGGUAAAGGAAGAAUAUUUGUGUUGCCUUGCUACAAAUUAUGAUGAUAAACUGAAAAGUUUCUCUGACUCUUCCAUAGACUACCACAAUCCUACAAAAGGCAGACAAUGGUUCUAUCAGUCUUGCACUGAAUUUGGUUUCUUUAAGACCACGGAUUCAAUGAACCAGCCUUUCACUGGAUUACCUCUUAGUUAUUAUGUUCAGCAAUGUUCUGAUUUAUUUGGCCCUGAGUUUAAUUAUGAUAAACUGAACACGGGUGUAAUGUCCACCAACGAGUACUAUGGAGGCUUCAGUGUGAGGGGAAGCAAAAUCAUCUUUUCCAACGGUUCCUUUGAUCCUUGGCACAUUCUGGGAAUCACAAAGGAUAUCAGUGAAGAUUUGCUUGCUGUCUUCAUUAAAGGCGAAGGACAUUGUUCAGAUUUGACCGCUCGAAGGGAUACUGAUUCAGCUGAACUAAUUCAAGCACGAGAAAAAAUCUUCCAUAUCCUGCAAAAAUGGCUAAAGUAA